AUGCACCUGGUGAGGCAAAUAAGGCAGCUUAAUGGCCUCCAAGGCCUGCGGCAUGCCCUGCGCCAGGUGUCUACCGCCCCAACGAAGCCCGCCACACUGAAGUACGAGCGAGAUCCGCAGCCGCUUUUUACAGACGCAGAGACCCAAAAGCUGCUCCAGUCCAUGACGCAACUGCACUUGGACCGGGUGUUCCGCAAGCGCACAGUACCGGACAACAGCAGCGAAAUCAAGUUCAUGACCACCGAGCAGCUAGAGUUGGAAUUCCAGAGCAUGGUGGAGAAAGCACAGCACAUGCUCCAGAUGCCUCCAGUUGUUAAGAUAAAGGAGGAUGUGGAUCGCAUUAUAGCCAAGGAUCCAGCCCUGAAAGAUUUUGCUGACACAAAGUUCGUGUUUACGGACAUCACAUUUGGUCGUCGGCAGUCGGAACGCAAGGUAGUUGUGCGGGAAACGGAUGGCACUCUGGCAUACGCCUCCCUGGACACCACCAAGCGGAUGAACCAGCUUUACUUUCCUUUAGAUGGCCGCCAAUCGUAUACACCCCGCAUGUUCGCGUUGGAGGAGCUCAUAGCCAAAUGUCUGACGGAGCAUAAAUACGAGUACGUGAUGGACAGGCUAUUGGUGCAAUAUGAGCCCCAUGAACCGGAGUUCCACAAUAUUUCCGCACGAGUAUUUGAACACCUGAACGAAUCAAAGCAGUUCGAUCUGCUGCGAUCCACUCGUCACUUCGGUCCAAUGGCAUUCUUCUACGCCUGGCAUCGGUGCAUUGACGAUCUUUUGUACGACAUGAUCCGCCGAGACUACCUACAGAAUGCCGUGGAGCUUAUUGCCUUGAGCUACAAAAUUCACAACGUGCCGGUAGAGUACCAGGAAACGCUGGCCAAAUUAGAUGCUCUCCAUCCCACGCCUGCCCAAAGUGCUCUGACGGAGCUGAGGAGUGGAAUGCGACAGCCCGAAGGGCAACAAGGAAUCGAGCAAGAGAUCCACUCUGCAAUUGGCAAGACGGAGAAGGACUUUACUGCCGACGAGAUUAGUCUUCAGUUCAUCGAGCAAUACAUAGCCAGCGAACAUGCCCUAAAGAAGGUUCAACUGGAACUUGCGGUGCAGACCCUCAAGGAAGUAAACCAGGAAAAACUACAGCUGUUCCAGGGACUGAAGAAGGCUCAUGGAAUCCAAGCGUCGUAGAAGCUCGUCUUUAUUGUUACUAAUUUUUAUAUGCUAAUAAAUAAGCCUUAGGUCGAA